CCCCAGCGCCCCGCCUCCCACAGGCGGCAGCCAUGGCGGCCUGGCGGGUCCCGGCGUCCGUGGGCGCUGCCCUUGGGAGGCAGCCGUCCGCCGCCCCGCCGCCAGAACCGCCCCGGGUUGGAGAAGGGUUCCGACAGCGCCUCAGCUUCACCCUCUGCUCCGCUUCGCAGGGAGACCGCGGCGGCUCUGGGCCCGACUCGCAGGACGGGCCGGAUGGAGCAGCGAGGCGUCCGGCGAGCAAAGAGUUAACAGCGGCGGAGCGGAGGAUCUCGGAGCUUCACGCCGCCGCCUGCGCGGCUGGCCGGCUGAACUACGUGGACCCAGCUACCGGCUACAUGGUGCUCACCCGGCUGGCCCACUUGCAGAGAGGCAGAUGCUGCGGCUCUACCUGCAGACACUGUCCAUAUGGUCAAGUCAAUGUUAAAGAUCCAUCCAAAAAGAAGCAAUUCAAUUCACAUUUUUAUGUUUGAGAAGAAUUUCAUUUCUGUUCUCCAUCUAAUUGAGCCUUAUUAAAAAAAUAAAUAAAACCUUAAUCCAGAAUUGCUUUCUGUGCUGUUAGUAGUUGGGCACUAGUUUAAUCUUAAACUUAAGCAUAUAUUAAUCUUAAACAUGUAUUAAAAGAACAUCAAUAAAACGAAAAAGCUAGCA